AUGUCGCGCCCUGAGGAUGUCUUGCCCCCGGAUCUCUUUUACAACGAUAAUGAAUCGCGUAAAUACACCACUUCCUCGCGUAUCCGUAACAUUCAAUCCGACAUGACCCAUCGAGCCCUUGAGCUUCUCGAUCUCAAAUCUCCUUCUCUCAUUCUUGACCUUGGAUGCGGCUCGGGUCUUUCCGGUGAAAUCCUUUCCAGCCUCCCCCGCCAAGAAGGGGGACCACACACCUGGAUCGGUAUGGACAUCUCGCCCAGUAUGCUGGACGUGGCUCUACAACGAGACGUGGAAGGCGAUUUGCUCCUUGCAGAUAUCGGCCAGGGUAUACCGUUCCGACCUGGUUCCUUCGAUGCGGCCAUCAGUAUUAGUGCAAUCCAGUGGCUUUGCAAUGCGGAAACCAGUGAUGUGAGCCCUGAAGGCCGUCUCCGCCGCUUCUUCGAGGGUCUCUAUGCCUGUCUUCGUCGAGGUGGACGUGCUGUGUGCCAAUUCUAUCCCAAAAAUGACGCUCAACGGAGCAUGAUCAGUGCCGCUGCUAUGCAUGCUGGCUUCGGUGCCGGUAUCCUGGAAGACGAUCCGGGAACGAAAAACAGUAAAUUGUAUCUUGUGCUGACAGUUGGCGGUGGUGGCUUGAAGGGUGACAUAACGGGUGUUGUUCAAGGCAUGAAUGAGGUUGAUGUCCUGGACGCCAGAAAGAGCGCCAUGCAAAAUAGGACAUCGUCAUCGAAGAAAGGUGACAGAGCUUGGAUCAUGCGCAAGAAGGACCAGAUGGAACGAAAAGGCAAGGUUGUGAAAGCGACCUCGAGGUACACCGGCAGAAAGAGGCGACCAGCAUUCUGA